AUGACUUGCGACGGCGAUGGUGCAGAGUAUGGGGGUGCCGUACCAAUUGAUGGCUCGUUCACCGAGAACAGCUUCGAGAAGCUGUACAAGAUGGCGAACCUCAACCCAUCAUCUAUUUUCCUGGACGUGGGGUGCAGUGCCAGACGUGCAUGCUUGUACGCCAGAGCUGCUUUCAAGUGCGCGUUGGUCCUUGGCAUCGACGUUGCGAGACUACGUCUGGCCAAUGCUUGUGGCAACAUACUCGCAAACAAGAUUGACCGCAUGUUCCUUCUGCAUCUACCGGUGGAGCAUUUCCAGUACUUGGACCCUGCGACUCACGUUUACUGCUACAACGAAGGCAUGCCUCCUGAUUUUGCUUUCGCUAUCAUGGCUGUUUCGUGCGAGUUGGCCAAGUGUCUUGCCAAAUGCGGCGGGGGAAAGUUCAAUGACUGUGUACAAGAGAACAACACUGAAACUGUGGAACCCGUGGCAUACCAUCCACCCAUGUCUUCACUUUGCGCUCUGGAUGGAAAGCUGUUUGACGAGUACAUUCGCCAAUUACAAGCCCACCUUGUUGGCAACGCCCCUGUGUCGUUCUACGCGUUGUUGAAGAAACGCUAUCGUGACCCAUGCUGCAGCUACACUGCGGGUUCAAAUCCAGCAUUACUCAGCGGAGACGCUUUGGACGAAUCGAGCUUCUGGGGACGGUUCGCGACAGUUCUAUUCUGCAACAACGUGAAGUUUGCGCCUCCUGACAACUUGAAGCUGCAGAACAGAAUUCAAGACGCCAAGAACUUACGGAUCUCCUCUGAAGUCGCAGCUCCACCAACAGUCGUCAUCGACCUGACGGAAACCCCGGAUCCACAAGCUCCGCCAGUCUACAUCGAGCUAGGAAGGGAAUCGUACUCAUCGACAUUGACAGCGACCAAGAGCACCGCGUAA